CUUUGCGUAGACGAGUUGAAUUUUACGUCAGCUACAGUUAUUGCCAAUCUUCACAUCAAUUAGUUGUAUAAGCAAGGUGUCGCUGACAAUGCAGCUCAGCCGGUGCACUCUUCGCGCUCCCAAGCGGGGUGCUUUCGGGCACCGCCGACCAGCCCGAUCCACCCGCUGUGUUGUAGUUGCUUCAACACGACAAGAUGUCCUGUUGAGGAGCUUGUCGGAAGCAGCGGAGGUGUCUGUUAUGGUGGUUGACGGCACGCAGUUCGUUGCGGAGGCCCAGCGCCGCCACCGCCUGGCCCCCACCGCCACCGGGGUGCUGGGUCGGGCGCUGCUGGGCGCCAUGAUGAUGGGCGCCUUCCGCAAGGAGGAGGAGCAGGUGCAGGUUGUGUUUCAGGGUGACGGACCCGCCGGGUCGGUGCUGGCCAUUGCGGACACCCGGGGCAACGUGCGGGGCAAGAUUGACAACCCAGCAGUGGACCCCCCACUCCGGCCCGACGGAAAGCUGGACGUGGGCGCUGCGGUGGGGAAAGGUGUUCUGGCGGUGGUUCGCAGCCACCCUCUGCAGCCGCAGCCGUACACGGGGCUGGUGCCCAUCGUGUCGGGGGAGGUGGCGGAGGACCUGGCUAGCUACCUGGUGGACAGCGAGCAGACCAACUCCGCCCUGGGCCUGGGGGUGUCGCUGGACCGGGAGUGCCGCGUGAAGAGCGCCGGGGGCUGGAUGAUCCAGGUGCUGCCCUUCUGCAGCGAGGAGACGUUGGCGCGUGUGGAGGCUAACCUGCAGGCUCUGCCGCCCAUCUCCACCCUGCUCAACGAGGGCAGCAGUGCAGCGGACAUCACCGCCCGCAUACUGGAGGGGCUGGGGGUGGCGCCGGACGCGGAGAGCAUCGUACCCACGUACGGUCCCUGCGAUGAGGAGACCAUCAAGGGGCGCAUGCUGCGGGUGCUUGCCUCGUUAGGCAAGGAGGAGGUGGCCGACAUCAUCCGAACGGAGGGGAAGCUAGAGGUCACCUGCGACCUGUGCGCGCAGACCUACCUCUUCGCGCAGCAAGAGGUGGACAGCUACAUCGACUCGGGCCGGGACACUGCCUCGGACUUCUUCCCAGAGGAUGAUUGCAACGAUGAUGAUGAAGAGGAGGUGGCGGAGGGGCAACCGGCGGAGGCGGCUGCGGUGGCGGAGUAGACAGGGGAGGUGGCAGUAGUGGCCCGCCGGCAGUGCGUGUGUGUUGAGAAAACAGUUUUGACGUGACGUGCGACGUGACAUGUAGUCGUGUGAUGCGGUCAAAUUUAUUUACCGGUAUUAAAAGGUGUACUUAUUGACGUCUUGGACGACACAACAAAGGCAACCAACACGCUAUAACCGGCAUGACCGGGGUUUCCUCCUGCGUUGCUCAAUCAAAUGCAUCCAGCGGUGAAACACGCUAGGGGUGUUAGAUACGUUUAACAGCUGUGCCGCUGCUUGAGGAGAGGGCAGCAGCAGCAGCAGCUAGGGAUGGGCUGCCGGUAGUUAGUACGAGUUAGUCGCGCUGUACGACACAGGGCGGCCCAUUGCCGUACGAACAACCAACCUAACGGGUGCUUGCCCCCGCAUAACACACACAAGUCCUUAUCAUCCUGCUUCAACAUUCGCGUAUAUAGUCCGACCAUGCACACACUACGGAUACGGAUAACUACUACACUACUACACUUGGACGGCUACAUCUAAUGGCACUUGACACGUAACGGUAUUGUAACGGUCAAUCAUUCA